AUGCUAGACGGGCGCACGACGGCGCUCUUCACGUCGUACGGCACCGACUACUCCUUCCUGGCGGAGAUGGUCGCAGGCUCGCCCGCGGCGGCGAGGCGGCGAGGCGUCACGGUGGUGGACAACUACGACCACCACCGCACGCCGGCCGGGCUCGACGAGCACACGUACACCGUCCACAACGCCGCCGUCCGCGCAAACUUCUCCGUCGUGCUGCCGCCCUUCUUCAGCGACGACACCGCCGCCGCCGACCGGACGCGCGUGCACCACGGGACGAUGCACCCAAAGAUGUGGCUGCUCGAGUUCAGCGAGGGCGGCGCGUGCGGCAGCGGCUUCCUGCGGCUCGCAAUCUCCUCGGCCAACCUCGGCCGGUACGAUGCCAAGAUCAACAACCAGGUGUGGGCGUGCGACUUUGUGCGCGCGCAGGACGCCGUCGAGGCUGCUCGCGCGCUCGGCGUCUCGCAGCUCAAGGCGGAGCUCAAGGAGCGGCGAGUCGACGCCGCCGGCUGCAGCGAGAAGGCGGAGCUGGCGGAGAGACUCGUCGAGGCGCGCCGAGCCGACUCGGCCGGCUUUGGCGCCGACCUCCUCUUCUUCGUGGAGCGGCUCGUCGGCAGAGCGGCGCCGGAGCUGUUUCGCCAGUGGGAGGCGCUGCUGAGCCGCUACGACCUCACGCCGCCCGCGGGCACGCACCUCAUCUUCUCCGCUCCUGGCCGCUACUCUGGCCCAGAGGCGGAACGCUACGGCCUCCGCGCGCUGCAGCGCCACCUCAAGGUCUUGAGCGACCGGCCAGUGGCGCAGCGGCCGACAGCGGUCGAGUACGCUUGCUCGUCGCUCGGGCAGCUCGACGACAUCCUGCAGCCGCUGCUCGGCGUGCGGCCAAACUACAAGCAGGCGCCGCGCAUGGCUGUCCGCGGAGCCUUCCUGGAGGGGCUGCACAAGCCUCCGCACGGCGCGGCGGCGCGGCUGGUGUGGCCGUCUCUGACGGCAUCGCUGCCCGCCUUUGCGCGCGGCAAGGGGAUGCUCACCAUCGGCGGCGGCAAGAACACCAUGACGGGCCCGUCCGAGUUCAAGUCGCAGCAGCUCAAGGCGUGCAUGGCGCACAAUAUCGCCGCCGACCCGCGCCGCUCCGCCACUCUCCACCACGUCAAGAUGGCCGCCGGCAUCGUCCGCUCCCUUCAGCGCGGAGGGCCGCAGCGCGAGGUGGCGCCGCUCUGCGCGUGGGUGUACGCCGGAUCCCACAACCUGUCGGGCGCCGCGUGGGGCAAGAUGGAGGCCGCGACCGGCAGUGACGACGAGAGCGGGGACGAGGACGAGGAGUUUGUCGUCAUGUCGUACGAGGUCGGCGUGCUGCUGCUGCCGCCGGAGCCUCGCCCCUUUGCGCUGCCGUGGGGCUUUGACAUCGGCUUCGACGCGGAGCGCGUGAAGGAGUUCUUUGUGCCGGGCGAGGACGCGAAGCGGCCGAGGGCGCAGGCUCCCGAGUCAUUCGCCGCCAAGAAGAAGCGGGGCGAUGGCCAGAGCCAGCCACUGCGGCGGGGCGAUCGGUCGCCUGGGGCAUCGCCGCUGCGGCCGGCGCCCAACCGGGGAGUCUGA